CCCACGCCCCUGCCCCAGCAGCCUGGGCCCCUCUUCCCUCUCCAUACCUCCCCCUACCUUUUGGGAGCUGAGCGAGUACCGCGGGGGCGAGCGGGGCGGGGCCAGCGAGCAGUUAUAGCUGGCCCCGCCGCGCUGCGCCCCCGACGCCGCAGUUCCGCGGCGCGCCCAGCCCCAUCUGAGUUAGCUCCUGGCCUGCCCCGCCGAGCGGCCGUCAACUUGAGCACCCUGGCGCGGGGCACAGGCGUGCGGGGCCCUGCGGGCCGGCCGGUGCUCGCAUUGUUGCUGCUGCUGGCGCUGCUGGCGCUGCCCGCUGGCGCCUGGUACAAGCACGUGGCGAGUCCCCGCUACCACACAGUGGGCCGCGCCGCGGGCUUGCUCAUGGGGCUGCGCCGCUCGCCCUACAUGUGGCGCCGAGCGCUGCGCCCCGCUGCCGGGUCUCUUCCCUGGGACACCCAAGGCCUGGGCGCGUCCCCCCAGGGGCUAUCCGCCAAAGACACCCUCUCUCCGGCGUCCGUCCCUCGCGGUGCUCUCCUGCUCUCCUCGGAGGUUCGGGAACUGUUGGAGAUGGGACGCAGGUACUCCCGCGCAGGGCGCGAACUGCGCAGCCCGAGCCUGAACUGGAGCCGCGGCAGGGCGCCCAUUCCUGGACCUCCGUGAAGCAGGCCAGGUACGUGGGGAGAGAAAGGGGGCCGGGACAGCAGCGGGUGGAGGAUGUCUGGAGAGAUCUGGGCCCGGAGCGCACGCCCGCGUGCCCACGAGACACCCUACGACCUUCCUAUCUCCCACUUCUUGCCCAGAAAGCUUUCCAGGAGCCUUGGGGGGGGGGGGGAGGUAAGGGUUAGUGGAGGGUGCACAGCCUUCUCCCCAAGGUCCUGCUCUGUUCUUUCUAGAACCUUCGGAGUGUCUCCUGUUCAGCCAUGGUCUGCGCAGUGAACCAUCUUCGCUGGCCCCCACCUCUCCCCAGGGCCAUCCUGAACGCAGCCCUUGCUGGUGAUGCCCCCUUGUCUGACCCAGGAGUCUACUCCUCCUCCUGGGCGAACAGCUCAGGCCAGGCCAGGUGGUCUGGUCAAUAAAAGCUGCCUGGUUCAUG